CAUGCUUCGGACGAGGAGAUUUUCCAGCGCACCAGACGCAUUGUCAUCGCCCAGUACCAGCACAUCUCUUACAACGAGUGGCUGCCAGCUCUUCUCGGAUACUCGUUCGCGCACUCUGUCGGCAUUCGGACCACUCUUGACGGCCACUCCAGCGCCUACCUGCCACUCCUCAACCCUAGCAUCGCCAACGUCUUCGCCAGCGCGGGCUUCCGACUGCACUCCCUCAUACAGAACAUGGUCCAGUUCGUCUCGGCUUCCGGCGCGGUGGCCUCCUCUCAGCUGCUGCGUGAGACGUUCUUCGAGCCGAGCUCCCUGCUCUCCAGCCAACACUUCAUCCGGCUGGCGCGCGGCGUCUCAGUGCAGAACCCGCAGGGUUUCGACAAGCACUUCACCAGCGAAAUCCGCGGCCAGCUGUUCUCCACCGACUGCUUUGGCCUGGAUCUGGUGUCGCUGAAUAUCCAACGAGGACGAGACCACGGCAUCGCCAAGUACACCCCUGUCCUGCAUUGGUGCACCGCCAUUGCGGUCGGCGGCUGGUUCGACUUGCUGUCCGUCAUGUCUGCCGAGAACAUGGCUCGCCUGAAGCGGGUGUACGUUCACUGGGACGAUGUUGACCUCUACGCUGGGCUCAGCAUGGAAUGGCCGGCGGCAGGCGCCAUGAUCGGUCCGACAGCGCGCUGUCUGCUGACGGAGCAGUUCUUGAGGUCGCGAUACGGCGACCGCUUCUUCUACGACCUUGCUGGCCAGCCGGGCAGUUUCACAGCCGGUCAACUGCAGCAGCUGCAGCACUCCAACUGGGCUCGCAUCCUCUGUGACAACGUGGGCGGCGACUUCACGAGUGUGCAGCGACUGGCGUUCUUCCGGAAACACCCAAACGUCAACCCUGUCGAGCACUGCGACAACAUGCCCAGCGUCAACCUCGCGCUCUUCUAGAGGGCAGAUGGAUCGAAGCUAACCUGACCAUCUGAGCUUGCUGUACGCCUGGAGGGAAGUUUGUCUUCUGCUAAACUGACGGCUACAGGAGGGCAGCCUGACAUGCCCUGCGAUGUGAUAUGCUAUGAUAUUUGUGCUAUGGCAAAGACGGAUGAUUUUCAGACCAUUAGCAUCAAAAUGGAACGCUGGAAACAAAUGCCCUGCUUUGAGACGUCAUAAUGUUUAUAUCACUAUUCGGCGCAGUAGUCGGGAUAUCACCGGGCAUUGUGACUUACGCAGAGGUGUGUAAUACACCCAAGAUUGCACGUGUGCAGUCAGUUUGAAUGAGAUGUUCGCCCAUUCUGGCCCCAAGAAAACUCAA